UAAACAUUAAGAAGUUUUUAGAAAUUUUGUGAAAUAAGUAAGAUUUUAUUAGAUAAAGAGAUGACACGAAGUUCUGAGGAUAAUAUGAAUAAUGUAGCUGAAGAGAUCAAUAAAAUGGAAGUUGAUUAUGGCAAGAACUUUAAGAUAAUUCCUCCAAAUGAUCAAAUUAAAGAGUUGCAGACUAUAUUACGCGAUAAAAAUACAUCAAGAAGUGAUUUCAAAUUCUACGCAGAUCGAUUAAUUAGAUUAGUCAUUGAAGAAUCCUUAAAUCAACUACCGUACUCGGACUGUUCAGUCAUAACACCGACGGGUGCUAUUUAUGAUGGAUUAAAGUACAGAUCAGGCAACUGUGGAGUAUCCAUCGUACGGUCUGGAGAAGCAAUGGAAAAGGGUCUGAGAGAAUGCUGCCGAUCAAUAAGAAUUGGAAAAAUUCUAGUUGAAUCAGAUGCAGACACUCAUGAAGCUAAAGUGGUUUAUGCAAGAUUUCCAGAGGACAUAUCGAAGAGACAAGUCUUAUUAAUGUAUCCUAUAAUGAGCACUGGCAAUACAGUCGUUCAAGCAGUUAAUGUAUUAAAAGAACAUGGUGUUUCUGAACAAUGUAUUAUUUUAUCAAACCUCUUCUGUACUCCUGUUGCUACCCAAAUGAUUAUAAAUCAUUUUCCAGAAAUGAAAAUCUUGACAAGUGAAUUACACGUUAUAGCUCCAAAUCAUUUCGGCCAGAAAUACUUUGGAACAGACUAGAAAAACUAUAUCUCAGAUUUA